GUCAUGUUUGAAUUAUUCGAAAGUUUUUUCAUGUAUUAUAUUAUUUUCGUUGAGUUAAAACUGUACCAUUGAAACGAUAACUAUUCAGUGUGAAUUUGUAUUGUAUUUGUCAGCACAAAUAAUUAUAAAGGAUUGGUUGAAAUAAAAAUAAUAUCGUUUAACAUACCAUGGACGCAUUCACUCAGCGAAUGUUGGAGCGAGCAAAGUCAAGAAGAGAAAAAUUAGAUAUUAAAUUAUCAAAUGCUGGACAUGAUAUAAAAAAAAGGCGUAGUCCUUUAAAGGAUGCAAAUGCUAUUUUAGCUCAAGCUACAAUUGCUAAGAGUAAAUCUCCAAUUAAAUCGCCUAUGAAAAUAUCAAUAGAUGUUACAUCUUCAAAAUCUCCACGAAAAUCUACAUCUAAAUGUUCUAUUGAUGAAAAUAAUGAGCAUAUAAAUAAAGAGAAUGGAGAGAUCGGACUUUAUAAUGUAAAGACAAAAUUACAAAGGCUUGGUAAGCUGUAUUCUGAUGAUAGUAGCAGAGAAUUGAGUUCUCCAAUUCAUAGAACAGAAGAAAAAUUUAAUGCAGAAGAAGAAGUUACUGAACAGAAACCAUCUAAAAGAGGAGCUAGACUUGAUAGAUUAGCAGCUCUUGCUUCAACAAUUAAUAACUGGGAAGAUGAUCUUUCACAUCCAACUUUGACUAAAUCAUCAGAUAAUAAAACAGAUAAAAGACAAGUAAAAUUGAAUAUGCAACUAAAAUCUGUCUCAGAACCACAACAGAUAUUAGAACCACAACAGAUAUUAGAACCACAACCAAGCACAAGUGGAUAUAUUAAAGAAAAUAAUAACAGUAAAGAUAUUUAUUUUAAAAAAGAAGAACUUUGUUCUACAAAACAAUUAAAAUGGGAUAAAACUAUAUUGGAAACAUUAGAAGCACAAGGCUUUAGUCGUACAAAAAGCGAUAAUCGUCUUAUAUAUGAUUAUAAAGUUUGUUCUCAAGGAAAAGAUGUGGAUUCUCCAAAUUCAUCACCUAAAUAUCUUUCACAAAGUCAAGAAAUUAUUACCACAGUUCGCGAAGAAAAACGUAAUAAGAAAAUGGAAGACUUUUCAAAACAUACCAACAUAAAAAGUCCUAAUACUCCUGGAAAAACAUCAAAAAAUGCAAUAUUGAAUACAAAUAAUGCUCUAUUAACACCUAGAAUUGGUAACUCUCCUAAAAAUUCUACUCAAUCUAGCCCAGGUUCUGUAUUGAGCAAAGCUUCAUUAUUUGAAUCUAAAAAUACAGAAGUAAAAGUAAAAGAUCCUAUUCAAAUGACACUUUCUGAAAGAAUGGCACUUUUUGAAAAAAAUAAAGGAGAAGCACCAUUAUUACCUAAGGCACCUCUUACUAUGUCUAUCCCACCAAAAAAAUUACAUGAGAAAGACAAAAGUAAUUCAUCAACAUAUGUAAACAAUACAGUAAAAGAACGAGUUAAAACUGAUAUUCCCAAUAGUGCUGUUAAUGUUAAUAUUCAAAGAGAAAAAUUUGAACAAGGAUUAAAUAUACAAGAAUUAGAAAAUAAUAUUUUACGUAAUACUUAUUUAGAGCGACAACGUGAAUUGGAUAUGUUACGUUCCCGUUUUAAUAGGAAUAAAGAAAUGGCACAAGCAGCUGCUGGUUCAUAUAUUAGAACUAGUGAAAGUAGUGAAGGAAAAUCAAAUUCACCUAAAAAUUCUCCAGUUUGUCCAGUAAAACCAACACCUGCACCUGAUCAUGCUGUGCCACCUCCUCCACCACCUCCUCCACAGGUUUCUAAUGAAAAAACAAUUCCAAAUGAAAACAAAAAUUUUGAAUCAAGUAAAAGACAAAUUAUAGGAAAUCAAAUAAAAACACAACAGGUAAAAGUAGCAUCUGAAAUUAAACGCAUUCGUGUUGCUCCACCUAAACCUGGACAUCUUUAUCCUAAUCUUUCUGAAAUUGAAAAUACAACAGAAACAGAUACAGAAUAUACUGUCAAUAGUACAGAAGCAGAAACUGCUACUUUAGAUGAAAAAACUGAUACAGAAACUGGAACAGAGGCUGAAUAUUAUGUACAUGAUAAUGGAAUUGAGACUGAAAGUGAAGAAGAAAGUGAAGAUGUGAAUACUAGUCUUGGUAGAAGUAUUUUACGUGCUGUAAAUGAACAGUCUUUUCUAAGCAAAAAAAGAUCAAUUGAUCCAGAUCCAGAUAGUACAACUUCCGAUAUUUCAGUAUUAGAUGAAAUGGAUGAAUAUUUAGAUGAAUGUCUUGCACAACAAGAAAUACACAGUGGAAAUAUUUAUACAGAAGAAGGACCAACUCCUCCAAAAUUAAAUAAAGGUGGUAAGAGUCCAUCAGCAACUUCAAAUUUCAAAUAUAGAGAAGGAUUAUCAUAUCGUUCACCUAUGAAAGAAAUCUCUUCAUCAUCUCCUAAAAAAGAUGAGCCAUAUAUUGUAGAUGGUGAAAAUUGUGUACCGUUAAUGCAUAGUGUCAGUUUUUAUAGACGACAACAAUCUCAAACACCAAAAACACCAGUACGUAUAAUAUCAAGAACACAAGAAUCUACUGAUACUUAUACUGAUGUACAAUUUAAUGCUAAAAAUGAAAUAGUUUUGGUAGAAGAAAAAAUAAAACGAUUGUUAGAUGAAGUAUGCAAACAACAAACGAUUAUUGGUCAAGCUAGUCAAGCACUAAAUUUAUGUACUUCUACUGUAGAAUUUAAUGGUUCCAGGGAACAAGUUGAAGGAGAAAGAUUAUUACUUGUUGCCACUCAUAGACGGCAAGCUGCAUUAAAUGAAGUUCAACGAUUAAAGGUAGAAGGUACCUUAAAACCUGUUAGUCCAGGAUCACCAGAAGUACAAGAAAGUGGUUCUCUAACAGUUUCUGCUAUUACUUUACCUUUUAAAAAAGGUUAUUUUCGUAAUAUGAGCACAAAUACAUGUCUUCAUUUUGUUUGUAUGAUGCGACAUUUAGAAGAAAUAGUUGCUACACCAGUAGUUAUAGUAGAACCUGGUGAUUCAUGUCUUCGAUUUCCAUCAACAUUAAAAUUAAAUGAUUUAUACAGUGAUUUUAAAAUUACUGUUGAAAUAUAUUCGUUGCAAACACAACCCGAAAUGUUACCACAUGAAAUCAAAUAUCAUAUUAAUAAUGGUAAUGGAAGUAGUAUUAAUAGCAAUAAUUGUAAUAAAAAGUUGGCGAAUAAAACACCAAAAAAAUUUUUAAAACAAGAAAGUCGAUUGGUGAUGCCUAGUGUGCAAAGUCCAGCUGGACCAUCUGCUGUUAGAUCUCCAGCUUUUCAAUUAUCUGGUUAUGUUAUUUUUAGUUUGAAAGAGAUACAUCGACAACAAUUCACGCUUAAUAAGGUACCACCGCAAUCCCCACUGGAAGGUCGAUUACAAAUGCAUGUUUCAUGUGAACUUUCGGUAGCAGUUGAACAUAGAGGAUUUCUUACAAUGUUUGAAGAUAUAUCUGGUUUUGGUGCUUGGCAUCGUAGAUGGUGUUUACUCAAAGGUUCUACUUUAUCAUAUUGGAAAUAUCCUGAUGAUGAGCGAAAAAAGACUCCAAUUGGAAGCUUAGAUUUACAAGGUGUUAAUACAACAAAUGUUGGAUUAGUUUCUCGUGAUAUUUGUGCGCGUCCUAAUACCUUUUUACUUGAAACAAUUAGAAUUGCAGAAUCUGAAGAUACUGAUAGUUUGAUUAUGGUCAAAAAUGGAUCAACUACAACAAUUAGGCAUCUUUUAUCAGCUGAUACAAAAGAAGAUAGAUUAGAAUGGUGUUCUAAACUUAAUAAAACGUUAAAUUUGAUACAUGCUUGGGGUGGACCAUCAACAUUAUCAUAAUAAUUUCUAUAAAAAUUCUA